AUGGGGCUUGGGGGGCCCCCAAAGGGCCCAGGGGGCUCCUGUGGGGGCCCCUCGGGGGACCCCUUGGGGCCCCCUGGGGAGGCCCUUCAGCAAGAGGGGCCCCGGGGUCCCUCAGCGGGAGGCCCCGCGGCACAGGGGGCCCCGUCACCAGCCCAGGCUGAAGGAGAGGGUUAUGCAGAAUAUUUGGGAGGGGAGCCCCCGGGGCCUCCUGAGAGGGGAAGGGUACUGGGAGAGGGGCCCCCUAGGGGGGUCCCCCAGGGGGAUCCCUGGGAACCCGCCAAGGGGACCCCUGGGGGCCCCCGCGUGGGCUUUGUGUUUUGUUCUGCAGCGCUGUUGCCGCUGCUGAUUGAGGCCCUGCAGCAGGUGCACGCAGUGGAAGCCCCAAAGGCAGCAGCAGCAGCAGCUGCUGCUGCUGAUGCUGCUGCAGGGAAGAAGGCGCACUACCGCACGUCUAUGUUCGCUGAUUUGCAUCGGUCGCCCCCGUGCCUGCUGCCUUUGCUGCUGCUGCGGUUCGUGCUGCUGCCUGCUGCUGCUGCUUAUGGCAUUUCUGCUGCUGUUGCUGCUCUUUCCUCUUGGGCCCGGGGCUACCUCCACAGAGGCGAACCCCCAGCAGCGGCAGCAGCAGAGCUGCAUGUGCCCAUAGAUGGGGAUUUGCUGCCUCAGAGGCGCCAGAGGCCCCGCAGGGGGCCCCCCGAGGGGGGGCCCCCAAGGGGCCCCCUUUAG